AGGCCUAUGCUGCUUGGAACUAUGCACAGUGUGGACACCUCGUGCUUGAGUGAGCACUAUAAAAAAAAAAAUCAUAUCUGGCGACUUAUUAAUUGUAGGUUUUGGAAUGGCAGCUAUAGGUCACAACCGUGCUUUUCAGGGACUACUGCUUCUGGAUUGAGCUUCAAAAAAUGGCCGAGGCAAACACUGGCGUUGGAAACUGGAAAUACUUGAUCGUUCUAAGCAAGUUCACAAUGUUGUUUAUUGAUAGCGGAAUAGAGAAAUCAUUCGGUGUUCUUAUUCCUACGAUGGUCGAGCGUCUUCAGUCGGACUACGCAACGGUAGGACUAAUCUGUAGCAUGCCGCCGACCAUCACGUAUAUUCUAUGUCCAUUUGUAACACUCGCUCUCCGGCUAGCCAACCACCGGUCUGUUGCUAUGUCAGGGGGUCUUUUGUCUGGUCUAUGUAUUAUUGCCUGCGCUUUCCUGAGAAACACAAUUGCGAUCGGAGUCUUUCUCGCUCUAGCAGGUGCUGGAUUUUCAAUGACCUUCACACCAUUAAACCUCGCACUGAACGACUCCUUUCAAGAACAUUUUGUUUUUUGGAGCACAUUAACUUCAUAUGACUACACAUUAGGUUCUAUGUUGAUGCCUAUUGUGAUUGAAAAAUCGCUUCAAGCUUAUGGAUACGAAGGUGCCUUCCUCAUUCUCGGUGCUAUUACACUUCAUACACUCGUAUGCGGCGCUGCGAUUCGGAAGGCGGUAGGCAACGGAGAUGCUAGCAGAACUGGCGGAUCCAACAACCAUGGGAAUGCGGAGAGUAAACACAAGCGUGGGAAUCAAAAUGGCGAAUUGAUGAACGAGACGGAUAUGCAUCUUCACUGGGAGGAGGAAGGGAAGAAGGAGGAGGAAUCACAGGGGGAGGAACGAGAGGAUGAGAAUUGCAAAGAAACCUGCCAAGAGAAAAGACGGUUGGUCCAAUGCGAGCCUGUCCCUGCCCGAAACGCGCCAGCGGUUCUGUGUCACGGACUACUCCAGGAAAGGAUCUUCGUUGUUUCAAUUCCGAUUGCGUUCUUGAUGAAUUAUAUAAUCUAUGCCUGGAUGCUGUUUCUGGUUUCCCAUGCCGAGGAGUUGGGUAUUCCUCCACCCAGAGCUAUCUAUCUAUCUACAAUCGGCGGUAUAGCUGGCGUGAUUGGUCGCUCCGUCCUCAUGAUCCUCCUCAAACAUGGCGCCAAUGAUUUAGUCGUGUAUAUCAUCGUAGGUACAAUCUGUACUGUCUCCUUGUUGUUGGAUUUCAUCGGCUCCGAUUAUCCUAUUCGGGCUGUCCUGGCAUUUACACAGGGGCUCUGCUUUUUCAUCGAGGACAAUGUGUAUAUCAGCCUGUCCAAGAAAGCGGUCUGUGACGAGGCGAAUUUUGACAUAGCCUUGUCGCUUUACAGCUUCAUGUGCGGCGUCGGCAUUGCAUGUGGAGGGUUAUUGACAGGUUACCUCAUCGAUGUCACCCAAUCUUUUACGAAGGUCUUCAUCAUCAUCGGCUUCAUACAUGCCAUUGCAGUCAUCAAUCUCCUCGUCGUAGUCGUUCUCGUCAAAAGACGAGGCGAAGAGACGAUCAGUAAGCGUGCGUGAAUAUGAACUAAUUUCGGAAGACCAUGGAAAACGGGAUUGAUAUCUUAAAGAGCCAAAUACCUGACGAAUAUUUUGCCUAUUCGAUUAUUCGAUUGGUAUGUUCGUAGUCAAUGGGUACUGCCUUACGAAAGAUUCCGAAACAUAAAGGACCUAUGCAAAGAAGUGGGCAUUAUUCGGUUAGUUAAUCGAUUCACGUACACGUGACGGUCAUUGCCAUCUGAUUUAUUUUUG